AUCUGUUAAAGAGAGCGGGGAAUCAUUUUUAUUGUUUGUACAAAUAUACGUCUAUACUAGAUCCCUUCCGGAUUAUUAAUACGUUUGAUGAGAAGGGAAAAUAUUCAAAACAAUGUCGCCUAUUACAUCUUGUUUUUACUUGAACAAAUAUCUCAAAUACUUGUCCACGAAACAAAUGGAGAGUUGCAAAAAGGAGCAUACACAGAGAUUAUAUGUUAUCGAAAUAUUUAAUUGAUUUGUUUUUCGGGCAUUUUAAGAUCUAGUAUCUAUAAGUAGUAUAAUUGUAAAGUAAUAUAACAGUAAACAUUUCCAAUUUUAACCCACAAAUUUGGAAUGAAGAUAAUUGUGUACAGAAUCUCUCCAUAUUAUUUACUCUACCCUCACAACCAUACUUUCUCUCUAGUGCUGCUCUUCACUCUGCUUUUCCAUUUAUUUCCACAGAUUAAUCUCACAUUUGUCACAUAAUGACGCACACGUGGAAUGGAAGUAAUUUUGUGUACACAUUGCUAUCAUGUAUUUAAAAUAAUUAUGCGUAUAUACAACGAUAUUUUUGUCAGAUAUAAACGGUCACGCGGCAAAUGCGAAAUAAUAGGAGAGCAGCGAAGAAUAGAACAAGACGGGAAAUGGUUAAGGAUAGAACGAAUAGUACAAAGACUCCCUCUGUCGAUUAUAUUUCGGGAUUGUGUGGAGUCAUUUUUACGAAGGAAUAGAAUUUGUGGCGAGGAUAAAGCAAGAAAAUAACCAGCGUGCGCUUUUCAUAAUUUAACAGCGAAAAAAACGGCUUACGAAAGAAAUUAGGAUAUUUAAUAAAAAUUUAAAAACAAUAAUAUAUAUGUUCGCAGUAUAACAUAACGAUCAUGGAGGCUAGAUUUAUGAAACAUCGAUUCGAUGACAUAAUAAAGUCGGAAAGUGACGACAGAUCAUACAGGGGAUUAAUACUGAAUAAUUACAUGAAGGUGCUUUUAAUAAGCGAUCCGACAAUUGACAAGGCCGCCGCUGCGUUGGACGUUAAUAUCGGUUCCAUGUCUGAUCCGGAUCAUUUACCAGGAUUGGCGCACUUGUUACAACAUGUGUUAUAUUUGUCGGAGGAAAAAACCCCACAGAAAAAGUUUAAAGCACAUGUAUCGCAGAAUAACGGCGUAGUCAACGCUAGAACGACAGAAAAUCAUACCAAUUAUCACUUUGAUAUAGCCGUAUCUGAGUUUAAAAAUGCUUUAACAUUGUUUGCUGAGAUUUUCAUAAAUUCGGUCGUCUUCACUAAAGAUAUGAUCCGUCCAGAAUUAAAGUAUUUGAAUAUUGAUUACGAAAUGAAUAGCGGAACGGAUAAAUAUGAUAAAUGGGGAUUGACUCAAUUGUUUAAAUGGACCAUAGAUCGCUAUCAUCCGAUUUCGAAAUUCGGCACCACUUUUUCUAAUGCAACGACAUCACUAGAGAUCGAAACACUAUUGAGCAAUGCCGAAAAGGAGUUACAGCGUUUCUAUAACUCUCAUUAUUCCUCUCAUAUUAUGUCAGUGUGCGUUCUUAGCAAAGAAACCUUAGAUGAACUUGAAAAAUUGGUAGUAAAUCUCUUCUCUCAAAUAAAACUCAAGAAUGUAUUUAAUUCAUUUCAAAUGCAAAUUCGUCAAUUUUCGCCUACACCUAAAUGUCCGUCUGUGUACAAAAUAUGGGGUGCUCAUUGCAACACAGAUUAUAAGAGAUUAUAUAUCAUAUUUCCUGUAGAUAAUUUAUUGAAUUAUCAUCAAAGUGCGCCUGAGCGUUUUCUCACCUAUUUGUUCGAAUAUAACGGCAAAGGAUCAUUAAUGUCAGUUUUAAAGGCCAAGGAUUGGGGUAAUACCAUCGAGGCUGGAAGCCUUUGCCCUAGCAACUACUACAGCUUUUUUAUCGUUGCUGUCGAGCUAACUGAUGAAGGUCUUGAGCAUAUCGAUGAUAUCAUGACAUUGUUUUUUCAAUAUGUCAAAAUGUUGAAGGAAGGCGGCGGCGAAUUUAGGAGAAUAUACAAUGAAUAUAAAGAAAUCAUGGAAUUGAAAUUUCGUUUUAAAGAGAAGGAACCGUCUCUGAAAUAUGUCAAAAUGAUUUCCCGAAUGUUGCAGUCUAAACAGACUAUGAAGAAUAUUCUGUGCCUAGAACACAUUCCUAUCAAAUACGAGCGGUUUAUUGAAAGCGUAAUGAACGAUUUCUUAUCGCCGCCACGUAUGAGAAUUUAUAUAAUUGCGAAAAAGUAUCAAGAUUUUGCAGAUGAGUAUGAACCUCGGUAUCACUUUGCAUAUAGGAAAGAGAUGGUACCGAUGAAAACAUGUGCCAGUUGGACAAACAACGCAUGUGCGAAUUUGAAUUUACCUGCCUGCAACGAAUUUAUACCGACAAUGACUAAUAUAAAACCAUGUGAAGAUAAUGCAGAAAAAUUUCCUACAGUUAUAUGGGAUACACAAUUAGUAAGAGUUUGGCAUAAGAAGGAUGAUAUGUUCAACGAACCGAGGACUAUCAUGAUUUUUCAUUUCAUCUGUCCACUCGCCUAUGCGGACCUUGUUAAUGCCAAUUUUACUCUUUUAUUUGUUCGGCUUAUUAACAAUUCUCUCAGAGAAUAUUUAUACCCUGCUGCUUUAGUCGAUUUGCGAUGGGAGCUUUGCGCUACUGUCUACGGAAUAGUACUUAAAAUAAAUGGUUUUGACGACAAGCAAUAUGUGCUAUUAGAAAAAAUUGUCGAUCGAAUGAUAAACUUUAAAUUAAGUCUAAAGAAUUUCGAAGUUGAUAAGCAAAAUCAUGAACAGUUUUGUAAAAUGCAACUUGAGCAGUUCAAAAAUGAUGAGCCAUAUCGACAAGUACAGCAUUAUCUUUCAAUACAUCUAAACAGCCAUUUGUUACCAAAAGAUCAAAUAUUGGAAGCAAGUGCACAUAUUACUUUUGAAAAAGUCCAACAGUUCAUAUCAAACAUAUUCGAUUCGGUAUAUGUGGAGUGCUUAAUACAUGGUAACAUGACUAAGGCAGAAGCCUUAGAUAUAGUUCAUCUAAUUGAGAACAAGUUGCCACAUGCCAUUCCAUUGACGCUAACACAUCUAGAAAUGCAUCAUGAUGUCAACGAUGGUUAUCAUUUUGUAUGUCAUAGAACAAAUGAAUUUCGUAAGAGCUCGUGUAUACAGCUCUUUUACAAAAUUAAUGAGCGAUCCAUACAGUCGGAUGUGCUCUUAGAUCUCGUACAACAAAUAAUUAAUAAACCUUGUUAUGAUACUUUAAACACUGAGAAAAAGUUGGGCUAUAUAGCAUGUACUGGAAUACACAGAGCAAAUAGAAUACAAGGCUUGAAAAUUCUAGUUCAAAGUUCAAAAUCGCAAAUAGAUGGAAAUACUUGGAUCAUAAUUAAUGCAUUCGCGCAUUCUAUGCUGAAUUACAUAAUUAAUAUGUCUGAAAAGAGCUUCCAGGAGAACAAAGCUUUAUUGGCUAGAUCAUAUCACGAUAAAAAACCGAAAACGUUGAAUGAUCUAUCUAGUGUUUUCUGGGCUGAGAUUUUGAAUCAACAAUAUAACUUCGAUCGAACCAAUGCCAAAGUAGAUUAUCUAGAGAAAAUUACGAUGCACGAUUUAUCUAUUUUUUUCGAGAAACUUAUAGAUGACAAAACUUCGAAAGUAUCAGUAUAUAUGUGACAUCCAUACAUUCGUCUUUUUAACCGCUGAAAUAUGAGAGGUUUUAUAUACAAUCAAGAAAAAUACUAAUGGUAAAUAAUUAUGCAAUUUAUAUUACUAAAAAGGUACUUUUUAUAUCAGAUGAUUUAAAUUAUAUAUAUUAUGUCUUCGAAAUUUGGCAAAUGAAAUUAACGCUUAAUUGACAUGAGAGUAAUUUCUCUGAUUUUUACUAGAUUUUAUAUUAUCACUUUUUAUAUUAGUGUUUAAACAUUUUUUGAAGCGUAAUCAGAGGAAUAUUGCACAUCUUUAAAAUAAAAACUAAAUAAAAUAUAUAUUUUAAAAAUAAUUUCUUUUUUAUGUUCUAUUUUAUAACGCGCAACUCUGUGUUCAUCUUGCGUAACUGAAAUAUCAUAAUGCGAAUAUAAAUAUAAAAUAUUUUAAUAGCUUUUUAAAGGAUUUGAAAAUGACUUACAUACGAUGAGAAUUUUAUUGCUAUUAUAAUAAUAAAACGCAGAGUACAAAUUUUGCAGUGUUUGCGUCAACGCGAAUUCAAAAAAUUUCAUACUUUUGAUUAGAUACAAAUGUUGUUUGUGUGAAAUCUUUCAAUCUAUAUUAUUAGAAAUAAUCAAUCGCACAUGGAUUUAUAAAAUUUAGAUAACUUACGGUAAUUUGAAUAAAAAUUAAAUAUUUGAU